AUGGAACCGAGUGAGAUUUACAACCUUGUCCAAGCUCGCUAUGGUGAGCUGGCUGAGAGCUCUCUCACUAGAAAACAUACUGCAGCCGAGAGAAGUGUUGCUGAGGCGUUUGGAUACGAGGCGUCACAGCUAAAUGCUAUUCCGGAAAGCGCAAAUCUCGGAGUGAGCUGCGGGAACCCUUUGGUCCUUGCCAACCUCCGUGAGGGAGAGACGGUGAUUGACUUAGGCUGUGGCGGAGGCAUUGACGUCCUUUUGGCAGCCCAAAAGGUGGGCCGGAAAGGAAAGGCUAUUGGUGUGGAUAUGACGAAGAGCAUGCUUGACUUGGCACAGAAGAAUGCUGAGAAAGCAGGUGCCUCCAAUGCGUCCUUCGUUAAAGCCUCGAUCACUUCUAUCCCUCUUCCAAAUUCCACAGCUAACUGCAUCAUCAGCAACUGUGUGGUGAAUCUAGUCCCCGGUGCUGACAAGCAGCAAGCCUUCCACGAGAUGUUUCGCUUGUUAAUACCGGGUGGUCGUGUCGCUAUAAGUGAUAUUCUUAUUCGAAAGAAGCUCCCUGAAAAAGUAGCAAGAGACCUCUCCUUGUAUGUUGGAUGUAUUGCCGGUGCUAGCCAGGUUCAUGAGUAUCAGGAAUACCUGCACAAUGCUGGAUUCAAAGAUACCAUGAUCAUUGAUACUCGGAAGGAUCUGAAUAUCUUUAAAGCGAUGAUUCAGGAUCAGCAGAAGGAAUAUCAAGAACCAGGCUGUCAAUCGACUAAGACAUGCUGCGAGAUAUCGAAGCCAAUGGGCCUGGCCACAGAAUGCCUGCUAGAGCGCGAUUUCAAUGAAUGGGCCGGUGAGUCAGACCCUAGAAGACAUAUUUCGCACGUCACCUACGUCGUUUGA